CUUCUAGCAAACGUAACCUAGCGAAUAAAAUCGUCACACUUUAACCUAACGAAUAAAAAUCUAAUAAUGGCUAAAGGAAAAACUCGUGCCGGUAAAUAUUUUUUUUUUUUUUCUAUACUUCCUGUAAGCCCGCUAACCGUUUAUAUUACCCUAAGCUUCUUUACGUGCGGUAGGUUUUUAUAAAUCUUUUCUUUCUUAAAGUUUAUCGAUGGUUUUGUAAGAAAGAAAGACGCGUCUGCGGUAGACUGUCAUGUUCUAUCGGAAGCCAAUAAUUUGGCAAGUCACAUCGUCCAGUGGGUGGCCGGCCUUGAGUAAACAACAGCACACUUUAAUGGUUAUUUAUUGACUUUAAUCAAACAAUAUACUCAACACUUUUUUUGUUAAAAUUUCCGUUUAUGAGAUAUCAAAUAUGAAACCUGUACGUGAACAAGUGAAAAAACGAAACCUCGAUUGGAUGAUUACGUGUAAAAACCCCACGCCGAUAGAAUUCUUUCGUUUUAUUCAACCGACACAUAAAGCUCGUGCGAUCGAAAAGUAUGGAAAAAUUCUCAAUGAAGCUAUGAGGUUGUGUAAAGUUCCGGACGAACAGUCGAAACUAAAAAACAUCAAAGAAACCGUUAAUUGCAAUUCAGAUUGGGAUGUGUGGCUAUUAGAGAAAAGAGCGAUGAAGAUUCGUAACGAGGUCCAUGAGAAGGUCGUCAGUAAUAGGGCAAUAGAACCGAAUGAAGAAAGCUUGCGAAAAAAACAAAAACGAUUGGAUGAACAAGAGGAUGCCGAUGAAGAUGUAUAUUCAUCUAACUAUGCAUCAUCUUCCCUUACGAACAAGCCACAAUUGGAUGAACAAGAGGAUGACGAUGAAGAUGUAUAUUCAUCUAAUUAUGCGUCAUCUUCCCUUACGAAUAAGUCUUGUUCACAACAAAAAACAUCUGAGCGAGGAAAAACAGGCGAAGAUAUAACUGUGGAGGAACAGGAAAGACGUGAAAAUGGGGUUAGUUUGAGCGAUCAUGAUCAUAAUCUGGUUAAAAAUCUUCUCAACGAACUGCAACAAUGCUCUGAGAAAAUGGCUAGUUUGGUGUGCAGUUUUCAAGUAUACUGUGAUGAUUCCGUUAAUGAAUUAAUUCGGAAUGAAAUUAUGGACCUAACCCCGUCUUCGGAGUUCGUUCUAAGAUAUACAAAUGAGGAUGACUACAUGCAAGUUCUAAAAGAGAUCUUUGAGCCUGUCGAUAAGUUGUUUCCGGAAAGUGCGAUUGAAUUUCUUGAAGAGUUUUUUUCAGAGGUAUCAAUAUUAUUUUGUACUAUCCUGUACUAAUUUGUCUUUUUGCUUGCCAAUCACAUCAUCGCUGUUUUAUUUUAACAGAAUUGUACCCAUCAACAAUGGGAUAACAGGCUGGAAAGUUUAUUGGAACCGGAAGAGGAUCCAUUUUUUAUAAAGUUGAAGAGAUUUUUAUUUGAGACAUUGCCGGCCUUGCAA